UGCGAGUCAAUGGCGAUGGGUCGAAUCGAGGCAUGAUCGCGCAGCCGCUGCUGGAAGUUCGCGUUGAUGCUGUGAAAGGCCGAGGGCUGUAUACGCUUGAGGCGGUCGAAGAGAAUGCAGUCGUUCUGCGGGACGACCCCAUCGCUGUGGCCUCGAUGGACGCGCCGCGGAUGUCGUGUGCAGUUUGCAAACGGUUCGUCGGGUCGAUCCAGCUGCACUUGCUCGUGCUUGCCGAACAGGUCAACGUGGACUCGCAUGUAAGGUCGAAUGAAGACAUGACACUGCUUCCAACCAUGGAGACUGACCUCUCGCUUCCCAACCUUCCAUCGCCUGUCGUCCCGGCGUACAUGACGUUGUAUCCGUCUGCGGCCGCUCCGUCCAUCGUGUGCUCGCAGGCAUGCCGCGACAUCCUGCACGUGCAACCGACGCACGUUUUCACCCCAUCGCAAUCAUUCGAAGCAUUGUCGGGUCCAGGUCUCGACUCGGAUCACAUCCUUCUCGUGGCGACCCUCAUGGCGAUCGUUCUCCACCGCCUCUCGAUGCAGACAACGUUGUACUGGGAAGAUGCCGUGCACGACAUUUUGAACCUAUGCGUCGCUCGUGCCACGCCACCGCUCAACGUGAAGGUCCUGAAAGCAGCCUUCCAGAACGUCAUGGCGAUUUUCACCGCGCCGUCGUCGUCCUCCGAGCCGGCGGGUGCAGUGCAGUACUUCCACGACCGCAUGACGCUCGACAUGUUUGAGCGCUUCGUUGGCAUUGUUCAAGCCAACGCGGUAGGUGUCCAAGUGCCGUCUCCGAUCUCGCGGUACUUUGCUGCGUGUGAAGACGACCCAUCGAUCAAGACCGUCCUUGUCGCCCGCGCGUCGACGCUCGUGGAGGCUGCGCUGAACAAACUGUGCGAGGACGAGACCAGCGGUGACGAAGGCUCGCAAGAGCAUGGCGAUGACGAGCCGGACGACGACAGUGAAGACGGAGACACGAUCGAGUUUGUGUGGCCCCAGGACUCGUCCAACAGCGACGCGGCGACGCUGUGCUUUUCAUCCAGCGUCCUGCCCGACCUCGGCGGGCUUGCGCUCUUCCCUCGCUUCUCCAUGCUCAACCAUUCGUGCGACCCGUCGUGCGCGCUGGCGUACACUGACGACACAGCCCAGAUCACUGUGUUUGCGCUGCGGCCGCUCGGCCCUGGCGACGAGCUCACCAUUUCGUAUCUCGACGCGACCGCGCCGUUCAAGACCCGGCAAGACGAGCUGCACACGCGCUACGGGUUUACGUGCACGUGCCGUCGGUGCAUUUCCCACCCAACCGACGCGUCCAAGAAGAAGCGCCAGCGAGUCGCUUAGCGCUGGCGUCCACAUGACGUGGGCAAAACCCCUGGAUAAAUUACGUGCCACUUUGUCAAUAAAUAUGUGUUCCUGACCA